AGUGAGUGUGCGCAUGCGCAUGUCGUGUUGUCAUUCCGCUGGACUCGCACUGCUUCUGACGGGAAAACCGCUGCUGGCUGCAUUCCCCCAUGAUGGAUGAUCUGGAGGAGGAUCUGACGUGUUCGGUGUGCUACGCUCUCUUCUCUGACCCCAGAGUGUUGCCCUGCUCGCACACCUUCUGCAGGAGCUGUCUGGAGAAUGUGCUGCAGGUCUCCGUCAGUUUCUCCAUCUGGCGUCCCCUGCGUCUGCCGCUCAAGUGCCCCAGCUGCCGCAGCGUGGUGGAGCUGCCCACUAACGGCGUGGACGCGCUGCCGGUCAACGUCUGCCUGCGGGCCAUCGUGGAGAAGUACCAGCACGAGCGACCCCCCGCCUGCCCCGAGCACCCGCGCCAGCCUCUCAACGUCUACUGCGUCCAGGACCGCAAGCUCAUCUGCGGCUUCUGUCUGACGGUCGGCCAGCACCAAGGCCACGCCAUCGACGACCUCCAGACGGCCUGCGUGAAAGAGCGCAGCGCCCAGAGCCGGCUGACGGAGAGUCUGCGCUGGGAGGAGGUCUGCGGUCUGACUGAACGCCUGGCGCAGGAGAAGGAAUGCAGCCAAGCUUUGGUUCAGAAUGACCGUGAGAUCGUGUCACGGUUUUUCCAGGGCCUUGACCUCAUCCUGGCUCAGAAGGAGGAGCGGUUCAUGCAGGCUCUGGACCGGGCGAGCGUGCUGCUAGCCAGCGCUUACGAUCCGCUCAUCCAGCAGGUGAAGGACAUGCAGGAGGAGCACAGCGAGCUGAUGUCCCUCAGCUCCAGCGUGGAGAGCGAGGAGUGUCCGCUGGCUUAUCUGGAGCAGCUGCAUCAGCUGAGGGAGCGAGUGAACACUCUGAUCCAGACGCCGCUGCCGGAGAUCCCCAGCCUUCACGUGGCUCCGCGGGCAGAGCGCUUCUUCGAGGAGCACUGGUCUGACGUGACCAUCAGAGGUCUGAGAGACGCUCCUGUUCCUGAAAUCUCAUGCUCGAGGACCGGCGCUCAGGCCGCUGAUGGAGCUCGGCUCCGGCGUCGUCCUUCAUCUCCGGCGGUCGUGGUGCUGCUGCUGCUCGUGCUGCCGCUCACAGCCCUGUGUCUACAGUCAGCGUGUGGAAGCACUCCGGGGCUUUCUGGUCUCUUUCAUAUAGUUUCAAGUGAACUCGCCCAGCCGCUCCAAGAGAUGGGGACGUUCUUCUGCUGUCUGCUACAGAACAUGAACACCAAACUAAACACCUUUAUUUCUAGCUUAGGAGAAAACGCCUAUUAGCAUCUGCUCAGCUUUCUCAAAACACCACACUAGUGUUCAAUGCUGGAUGAUGCAGAUAUUCAGCCUUCGUGAAACACGAGCUCAAUGCUUUUCUGGGUCAAGCUGGUUUGUUUUUACAAACCAUUUACACAUAUGUGACCCUGGAGCACAAA